AUGAUUCUAUCAUUAGAGAUAGAUUCAGUAGGUAUAGUUUUGUUUUCUAAUCCAAAUGAUAUUAAAGAAAACGAUUUGGUUAAUAGAACUAAACAAGUUAUAGCAGUACCUUAUGGUGAUCAAAUGCUUGGUAGAGUAAUUGAUGCGAUGGGAAAUCCCUUAGAUAAUUUAAAAGAAUUAGAUAAAUCUAAAUUAUCAAACAUUUUUAAAAAUGCUUUUGAUAUUAUGGCUAGAGAAGCGGUUAACGAACCAUUAGAAACAGGAAUUUUAGCAAUCGAUUCUAUGGUACCAAUCGGCAAAGGCCAAAGAGAGUUAAUUAUUGGUGACCGUCAAACUGGCAAAACUACUAUCGCAAUAGAUACGAUCAUUAAUCAAAAAAAUAAAAAUGUUAUUUGUAUUUAUGUUGCUAUAGGUCAAAAAAAUUCUAGUUUAAAUCAAAUUAUUCAAAAACUAAAAAAGCAUGGCGCUUUUGAUUACACUUUAAUAAUUAAUACUGCCGCUUCUGACUUACCAGCUAUGCAAUAUAUUGCACCUUAUACAGGAAUUACUAUAGCAGAAGAAUGAAUGAAACAAGGAAAAGAUGUUUUGAUUAUCUAUGACGAUUUAUCAAAACACGCUAUUGCAUAUCGAACAUUAUCGCUACUACUAAGAAGACCACCAGGAAGAGAAGCCUAUCCAGGCGAUAUUUUUUAUAUUCACUCCCAAUUACUAGAAAGAUCUGCCAAACUUAAUAAAUCAUUAGGGGGCGGUUCUAUUACUGCUUUUCCAAUUAUUGAAACUUUUGCAAAUGAUAUUUCUGCUUAUAUCCCUACCAAUGUUAUUUCUAUAACCGAUGGGCAAAUAUUUAUGAUUUCUUCCCUAUUUAAUGCAGGUCAAAGACCCGCAAUAGAUAUUGGUUUUUCAGUUUCUAGAGUUGGUUCUAGUGCUCAAACUCAAGCCAUUAAAUAUGCAACUAGUUCACUAAAAUUAGAAUUAGCUCAAUAUUUUGAAAUCUUAGAUUUUGCUCAAUUCGGGUCUGAUUUAGAUCCAAAUACUUUAAGAAUAUUAAAUCAUGGUAAUAAAGUGAUGAAUAUUAUGAAACAAAAACAAUAUGCUCCAAUUAAUCAAGAAGAACAAGUAUUUUUACUUCUAUCAAUUAAAAAUAAAUUGAUAAAUGAUCUCGAUGAAAAAGAUAUAUUUGUUUUUAAAGAAAAAUUAAUUUUUGCUAUUAAUAAUGAUAAAGAAUAUAAACAAGUAGCUAAUAUUCUUAAAAAAGAAAAAGCCCUUACUAACGAUUUGGAACUUAGAAUUAAUAAUCUAAUUAGUAACUUGAUUGACUAUAAUUUUAAGGUUGGAAAAAACUAA